AAUGCAUCUAAAAUAUAACUAAAACACAACCACUAAGUAGAAUUUGUAAUAGCAAAAUUUUAGUUAAACCAAAUCCAGAGAGAAGGAAUAAAUGAUGCUGAUCUACUAAUCUACUCUAUUUACUCAAUACAUAAAUCAAAUGAGAUUGAUACACUGUUCUUGCUCUCUCUCUCUCUUAACACUCUUCCAUUCCUUCGACGUCUCGAAUCACAGCUAUGGCGAGCUUAUGGCGAGCAGCGACGGCGCUGACGGAGAAACUGAACGGCUACGACGGUGUGGAAUUCUGGUCGAAUCCCGAACGAACCGGCUGGUUAGCUAAACAAGGUGAGUACAUAAAAACCUGGCGUCUCCGCUGGUUCGUGUUGAAACAAGGGAGGCUGCUCUGGUUCAAGGAACCAUCAAUCACGCGCGCCUCUCGCCCGCGUGGUGUGAUCCCAGUUGCUACCUGUUUAACCGUGAAGGGAGCCGAAGAUAUCUUGAACAUGCAGUACGCUUUUGAGCUUUCGACAAGGAAGGAGACCAUGUACUUCACUGCCGAUUCGGAGAACGAAAAGGAGGAUUGGAUCAACUCCAUCGGACGCUCCAUAGUUCAGCACUCCAGAUCCGUUACGGAUUCCGAGAUAGUUGAUUAUGAUAACAUGUGUUGAUCAUCCACAGUCAGUCAGAUCUAUCAUAAUUCUGCUGUUUGUAUAUUUUGCUUUUUCUGGCAAUGAUCAGAUUGGUAAUUGUUUGCUUAUUCUUUUAUAUGUAUAUAUAUUAAAAUUUAAAAUAUUUGCUUGUUUGAUUUUAGUUUAGACAGGAUGAUUGAUUUUGAUAAUUUUAGUUUAGACAAAUUUCGGAAA